UAUCACAACUGAUAGAAAACAAAAUUAAAAACAAAUUUUCUUUUUUGCCCGAUCUAUCGGAAGAGACCAAUGAUUUUUGUCUUGUACUAUAUAUAGUGCAUAAAAUAUAGUAUAUUAAUAUUGGAAGGUUAAUUAUUAUUGAUCACACAGAUCAUAUUUUAUUAGAUUGUUUAACAGAUCAAAAUGGUGUUGAGCAAUGUAAAUUCUUCCGUGUUGAAAAUCAUCGAACCAUAUAGAAAAUGGGUUAUAGAAAAUCCACAAUUGUUAUCUGAGAUUGAAAAUACGGUCCAUUGCUUACCUUACUUCACGGCUGGUCAUUUUAAUAAUUCCGCCUUUUGGUCGGAGUUAUUAUACUCAGCUUCGAAUUUGAUAGUAUUUUUCAAUGAUUUGUUAAUGUGCAGCGGAAAAUGCGUUCAUUUACAGUUUCCUCAGUUCGAAUCAAAAAUUAAAAUUUGGUUGACUGUGGUAGAAUACACGGAGGCUCUUUUCGAGAUUACUGCAAAAAAGUUAUGUGGCCAAACUGGAAGAUGGUUUAUGAUCACUAUGGUCCAAAUAUUUAAGACUGUGUUAAGACUUCUACUGAUUCAUCUGUAUAAGGAACGUAUAAUAAAAAGCCCCCCAAUACAACCACUAAACAGAGAAAAGCUAAACAACUCACAUGAUGAAAAAUUACACGAAGGAUUCAGAUUGAAACGGUCUGGCACUAUUGUUAGGAGUAUAAGAAAUAUCAAGCAAUCACACAUGCGUACUUGGGAACCAUUGUCUUCUAAUGUUCACAAUAGUGAUAACUUCAAUAGACCUUCAGUAUCACAAAAAGAUUUAAUAUUAGCUGAGACUCUUUAUAUUUUGAAACCACUUUUUCAUUUGGCAUGUAUAUCUUUCACUGGAGAAAAACAUUGGCCACCAUGGUUGUUAUCAUUUGCUAUUGAUUUACUCAGUUUAAAUAUAGCUAAUAAAAGGACAAAAAGUAUAUCAUUUAGCAAAGAAGAAGAGAAAGAAUUCUUCAGGCGAAGACUUGCUCUGCUCCUUUACAUAUUAAAGUCUCCAUUUUAUGAUAAGUAUAGCUGCAUUAGAAUAUAUGCGAUUCUAACUGCACUUUCCAAUAGAGUACCUUUAGCAAAAUUUUUAACAGAGCCAAUAAAAAAAUACUUGCCACAUUGGCAAAAUACAUAUUUUUACAUGUGGUCAAGUUAGUUUAUGGAGUUAUUAAAUGUUUAAGAGAGUUAUUGAUACAUCUUAUUUUGGGGGGAAUAGGGAUUAUAAAAGGGGUAAGGAUAAUUUCAAAUUUAAAAAAAGGAUAUUUUUAGCAUAAAUUUGAAAUGACCGAUUUUUGUCAUAAAUUAUAUAAGUGUUGCCAAAUUUUUAUUUAUUAUAGGUAAGGAUAAAUUAGCUCUACAAUUUACUGAAGCACUUAACAAUUCAUAGAUAUAUUAUUAAUAUAUUUUACAUUUGAUAGAAAAAUUAGAAAUAUUGUUUUAAUUCUAUAGCAAAAUUGAGAGCCACCAUUCCAUUUUUGCAAAUGCUGUGUUUUAAUCAAAAUUAGGUUGAAUAUUUUUAUAAUAUUUGUAGAUAUAUUCUGCUUAAAUAUGCGUGAGUACAAUAUUUUUGUAAUUCGUUUCCACCAAACACACAAAUAAAAAUAUGUAAAUGUACACGUUUAUUAUUUUUUAUAAAUAGUAAAAUCUAAAUACAGAUUUCUUAACGAAUACGGGAUCUCCUAUGUGUAAAUAUAGAAAAUUGAAAUUUUUUAUGUUACAUAUGUAGAACGAAACAUAUAGCUGUAUAUAUAAGAUGAAAACAAAUGUAAACAGGAUGAAUGAAUAUAUAAACGAUUAAAAGAGA